AUGCCGUCAGGGUCGUCGUUUAGGCGGCAGGACAACAGAAUUGGGCUGAUCGGCUUCCCCGUGCAAAACUUGAGCCCGCCGCUCAAAUUUCUUGUUAACAGCUCGGAUCCUGAAGUGUUGGUUCAGUUGACGUUGGCGAGCGGCAGGGGUUUUGCAAAUUUGAGUGGGGCGACGGGUGCCCGCAACCAACCCUUGCCGAGUUUUGAGACGGGACGCAGCAUCCGGCAAGAGGGCCAGGAGGAGGAAAGGAGGGACAGUACCAAUUUAAAGAACUCCUGUCAAAGUAAAAUGAUGUCUUUUAUGUUUGGAACGAAAACAAAAAAGUCGAUUUUGCAAUCGGAUGAGAUUGUCUCACCCGAGUACCACAAUUCCUUUUUCUCCCGGGAAGGGGAUUACACAAAUGAAAAGGUUCGAGAUAAAGGCGUGUUAAAUACACGUAAACAGCAACCAUUGUUCUGUAAUCAGCAUCGAUAUGCGUUAAUGUAUGACAUGAAUGCACUUGAAAUGGAGCAGCGGAUGGAGAUAUGGAAAGAAUUUAUUCAGGAACUUUAUAUCCUUGUGAUGGAGCAAGAAUUGGUAAGAUGGCGUCUUUGGAAGGCGACUGUGUACAGUGCAUCGGCUAUAUUUACUGCAGCGAGGAAUACUAUUGCAUCUUUCCUUAAUUAUCUUGUUGAGAUUGACCUUGACACCAGCUACACGGAAUACAACUUGACUGAGGCUGAGGGCACAUCUCUCUCAGCAAAAAAAAAUUGGUGGCCGGGUUGGCACCGUGUGGUACGUCCGUGGAGGAAACAACAAGUGAGUAAAAAAGGUACAGUUGCGGUUGUUUCUACGUCAUUUUUAAAUAAUAGCUCUUGUGCGAAGAAAAACAUCUCUUUUAGAUCACCCACGCCUCGUUCUGUUAUUGGAGGCGAACUUGGACGUGUCAACGCUGCAUUGCGUGUGCAUUUUAUUGAAUACGUUAUCCUACAUCUCCGAUAUAAACUCUGGGAGGAAGUAUUACUCUCAAAUCGGUCGAUAAUAAGAGAUAACAUGGACGCACUCGAGUAUAUUCCUAAUAUUAGUUUUUCUUUAGCAAAUAGCCAGAGCAAAAGCAUUCACGGUCGAUGGGAAUUGUUUCUUGGAGGGUUACGCUCAGUGGCAUUCAGUACAGUUCCUAGGGCAUUUGAUUUGUCUGUUAGUUUAUACUUUGAUUUGAUGUCAGAUGUCUCCGCCUCCUCCCAGCGUUCACGACAAUAUGGAAAUGCAACAGGGGGACAGUAUAGGGGCAAACGUUUAGGUCUAAGCUCAUUGGGUCAUAUUGUGCAUCAAAGUGCUGCAAACAGCCUCGCUGGGCCCGGUGGGGCUUCCGCUCGGGCCUACUCUGAAGAUGAUAAUACAAUAUCAGUGGGUAGUGAUAUCAUUGAAGCGGACGCAGGUCCUGGCGAGGAUGCAUCACUUUUGUACCGCUCGUUUUGUGGAACCGGUGAUUGGGUCUCAAACACCCCUGUGUCAUUUCUGAGUGCAACCGAUCCGACGAACGCAACUUCUCCUGCAGCGCACGCGAAGGACCACUAUAAAGUGAAAGACUCCACCCUGUUUGAGCCAACAGCUCUCCCAAUUACAUGCCCAUCGUGUUCCACCCAUCUCGGAAAGCAUUUGGCUCUCCCUAUUUCUUUGGAACAUCUUGAACGCCAUGAAAUAUUGACUUGUGAAGCACUGGAAUUUAAACAAAUUUUACGUUCUACUGAACAGGAGUGGACUUGGUCCACUGAAAUUCUUACGCCAAACUUAUCUCUUGUGAGAGGCAUGGGUCAACUCCAAUGGAGGCGUAUACGCAAUAUGUUGUUACAGAUGGUGGAAGAAAAAUCUAUUAUGUUCACACGGUACAAGGACGAAUUGCGGUUAAUGGGGUUAUAUCUGGACUUUCUAGGGUUUGUCUCGACACUGGAACGAAGUGCGAUGAAUGUCUUUUAUUUUUUCCGCUUUGGCCUAGAGAAAUGUUCCGGUACAACCCCCUCGCUGCAGUAG